UUUUUAUGUGUCUUUGGUUUUUCUUUAACGUCUAUUUUAGUUUUGUUAUUUUAUUAGUUUUUCUUGCUUUUUUUUUGACUAAAAUAGGUUUUUCAUUUUUGUAAAGGAAUAUAUGCAGUUCUAUAACUGUGCUUACUUGAUUUCUUUUUUGUCGUUUGCUCACUUGAUUUAAAGUACUGUAUUUUCAUAUAUACAUUUUACAAAUUGUUACAAAAUCACGCAUAUAUCUAUCUUACAAUGACAACACUUAUUUAUAUUUUAAAAACUCAUUAAGUACGUACACCCACAAUUAAUCCGAAACUAAUUGAGAUGCUUGGGAAUGUGGGAGAAAUAGGACCAAGACAUUUUCAAAUUAUAUUCUCUCUUUUUUUUUUCCUUUAUCCAUUUCAUCUCUUCAUUUGUUUCCUUUACUAUCUUUUAUUUUUCCGUUUUUUUUUUCUUUUUUAAAGUACGAGUACGAUAUUCAGGAAAUAAAUAAAAUUAUUACCUUUUAGGUUUUUUUUUGCUAAAUUCUUGUUAGGUUUUAUUUAUAGUUAAAAAAAGAGUUAUGAAGCCGUGCAAAAUAUCUCGGCCGUGACCAGAGAUCGACACGUGCAUUAUUGAAUGAUUCCGACUGUCGAUUGCACCCACUGACCCAAGAAAUAUAAAAGAAAACCAACAUGAAAAAAAGUAAUAUAAUUACGAGUGUAUGUCAGAAAUUCAUAUACAAUUGUAUAUGGUCACAGGAGCGCCGUGAAGCAACGGACGAGAAUUAACUACACUGUUGAAUUUGUUACCGUCUUUAUACCAUUUAAAUUUUUGAAAUUUAAUACUUUUUCUCUUUUAUCUUUUUUUAUUCAUCUCCCUAGCUUUCUUUUACUAAAGACAGCUAAAAACAAUACAUAUUCGAUUAGAAAACAAAAAUAUUACAGCAAUGAAUGAUCAGAUCGUAUACUGAAAAUAUUAUUAUUUUUAUCUUGCCAUGUGAGAUCACUGUUUUCUCUUGGUUUUAUGUUUGAUAUUUUGGUUAUUUAUCUUGAGAAUGUUUUUGCAUGCAUCGUCAACUAUAUUGUAGCUACACCAUUGAUUCUUGCCUACUUAGUUGAUCAAUUAUGAUCACUAGUAUUUAUUCCUAGCUUUAUGGUGACCAAUAGUAUACUGCAUCUUCCAAACUGAAAAGAGUACAUAAAGUGACUAAUCUAAAAAAACAAGUCAUGAUGAGACAUGAAAUUUAGAUUCAAGCUUGUUAUUAAAUUUGAUUAUUAAAACUCUAUAGAGUUGUUUUUCCAACUAAGUCUAACAAUGCUUUUUGUCCCCCACCUUUCUGUCUCUUUCAAGGCUUAAGUAUUUCAAAAUCAAAAACCAUUUUGAAAGCCAAGUUAACAUUAUCCCCAUUGUUAAGCAAGGUCAUUUUAAAGUAUGCUUUGCUUCAGGUAACACUUUGAUAAGUCUCUUUAUUCUUGCUGUUUUCUUUCACAAAUGAUAUAAAGAAUAUUAGAAUCGAAGGAUCGAUCCUUUUAUGUUUUUAUGUAUGUAAAAAUAGAUCAAGAACGAUCACUUUAUUUGUACUAAAAGCAUUGCGUAAGUUAUAUACGUUCUUAAUGGCUAAGGUAAGUGUAAUCGAACAAUACAGUUACUAAAAACCGAAGCUGAGCCCACUGCUUGUUGGGCCCAAAUAUAGUUAAUAUCCCGCGCAAAUAUCUAAACCGUGACAUGAAGACGAGAGACCAUAUUAGUCUACCCCGCACUUCUCAGUAGGUGAUCAUAACGACCUGUAAAAUUUUGUUAAGAUUUGCUUGUAGUACCUCUGCCAAAUCGUCUGUACCCUAGCGGUAACUGUUUCCCCGGUUACCAGACGUUUUGCUGUUCUGAUGCCAGAUUUGGGUUUAAAUUAAUGUUAAUUUAAUUUGAAAGAAAAAAAAACUAAUGACGUCUAUUUUCUACGCCUUCAGACUUCUUGGUCUCUACAUGGAAAUGUAACCCCACAUUUCAUUGGUACAUGUCUUUUCCGUAGUAUCAUCUCACAACACACGGUAGUAAUACACAAUGAUUGCAUCCCAUGAUAGUGCUGUUGUUGCAACUUAUCUCAUUGAAGCCUUUGCUUAAACAAAUUUAUGAUCUUAUGAAGUAUAUUGUGUAUCGAACUUUGUUGGUGCAUCAUCAUCCACAAAUUGGAUUGCUUCCUUUUAGCAUGCUUUUGCCUCGCAACAUUCCAGAGAACGAACAUUUUCGUUAAUGGGGAACAAUACCAAGCUAAUCUCCGUCGAAGGCAGCACCGUGCAAAGCUUGAAGCUCCGAACAAGCUCAUCAAAGUCCGCAAAGUAUGGUUGCCUGCCUCUAUAACUCUGUCCUCAGAGGUAUAUAAUAUGCAGCGAUAUAGUCCAUACUUUCAAGAGUCUCGCCACCUUCAUGCGUUAAAGAGAGCUAGAGGCUCUAGUGGACGUUUCCUCAUACCAAGAAGCUUCAAGAAUCAAACUCUCAAUCGCAUUUCUUCAAGGACCCUCAGGGAAUGUUUGGCACUGUUUGGUGGUAGAAUGUUGAUACUUGGUUUAACCUUUUUUCUUUCUUUCUGUUUUACCAAAAAAAAAGAAACUUAUUAUUUCUGCUCACAUGGACUUGUGAUUAAUGGAAUAUAUAAUAAGUUGUUUUUUUUUGUUUUUAGAGCACAUUUUUGUUUUGUUGCCUACUUAGUCCAUCGAUAAGUAAAAAUCUUUUCAGCUAUCAUAUAUUUUAGUUCAAAAUUCUCCUAAGAUGGUUGAUAUUUUGGUAAAAGUGUGUUUGUUAUAUGAUUUGCUAUUGUAAUUGAUAAUAAUUUUUCAGAUAGAAAUAAACGUCUGAAAUAGCCAUACGUACAUCAUCCAGAAGGGCGUGGAAGCUCGUGUUACAAUACCUUUACUGAAUGCUACUUGCUUUGAUAUUGUUUAUAGAAGAACCUCUUAUAAAACAACUCUAGUUUAUGUUUCUUUUUGUAUAUUUGCUUGCUUAAUUAGAUGAAGAACACACAUGCUUAAUUAUUUACAGCUCACGAAUAUAUUUAUUUACUUGGUCAAAUUUGUAAAUUUGUAAUGAUUUUUCUUUGAAAAUUCCUAGUUUUGGUGUAGCCAUUUUGGACAAUUGUUGUUCUCUAAAUCAUAUUUAAACAUUGCUAUGUACGAAAAACAUUAUGAAUAAUGAAAAUCCACACGUCGAGUGGUCCAUUGGAACUUCGUUUGACUAACACACACGAUUGAACAUGUAGGAACAAAGACAUAAUUGUCUUCGUCUCAUUUUACUAAGGUUAUAUUAUCUCUUGAUGUUUAUAUCCCCUCCAAUCAUAUUUAAAUAUCUACACUCAAAUCUCUAUGAUAACAAUCCUCCACCAACCAAAUAGUCAUCACAACCACAAUAAUUUGAUGUACUGCUCUAAGCAAUAUUGCUGGUACAUCUAUCUAAAUCUUAUAAAAACAUUUAUUAUAUAAUGGAUUGUGGAUGGUGAAUUUAUAUAUCCAAAUUCCAGUUGUGGAUUUUGAAAAUUCCAAUCUCCAUCUAAAUACAUAUAUUUAAUUCAUGUUAGCUAAUCGGUGUUUGCGGCUAAACCUCAGCUUCUUGAAAGCUUGUAAUGAUGUCUAAAAGAUGAAGAACAAAACUUGUAAUGUUUCUAAAUAUUCUUGAAAUGGAUGCUCCUCCUCCUCCUCAAACAUGCAUGUGGGUGUGACAAAAGUUUUCAAGUAGUGGACCAACAAUAAGAUGAAAGCUAGUUCCACAGAAAGAUCAUUUUUGAUCAAACAAUCAUUAUGAUAAUGUGUUUUUUUUUUGGGUCAAUCAUUAUGAUAAUGUGUCCAUGAUGAUAUUUGAUCAUUUCAAUAUCUAUGCUGUGAGUUUGUGGCAUAAUAUAAAACAUAUAUAUUAACAAGAGAUGAUGAGAUGAAAAUGGUUUAUACCUUAUCGGAGAGUAAUAUUCAUCAACAUAUUAUAAAGUUCUAAGCAAUUACGAGCAUAUCAGCAUAUGUUAUGCUUUGAGCAGUACAGUUUUUAAAAUAUUAUCCUCAAGAACCAACAGUUGGAAGAUAAAACCAGAUUCUAUGUCUGCUUCACAAUAUGUCCCCACAAUCUAGACCUUGUUAUUAUAAAUACUAAUGACAACAUCAUAGUACAGAUUGAUACUAUAAUUAUCUCUAAAUUAUCAUAUAAAACACCAAUAUAUGACAUAUAUAAUGUAUGAUAUGAAACAUAAAUUGUAUAGUACAACCCAAACCAAUGGUCCCUAACAGUGUAGAACAAAAAAAAACAAUGGUCCCAAACUGCAAUAAGUGCAGAGACUAAUUGACUUAAGAAAUGCAAAUCAAAGUGUAGUAAUCAAAUGGUAUUUUUUCACAGAUCUUAUAACCAUUUUGUAAAGGUAGUUAAUAUACUCCCCAACAUACACCUAUAUAUAAGACCACACGCCAUUUACAUGGAUUCUCAUCCUUUUUAUUGUUAUCUUAAACCUAAACCUACCUACUCACAAGCAAUACCUUUUUUAAACAUCUGUUCAAUGUCGCUAGAAGAAACAGAACCACCAAGCCAAACUCUAGAUAAUGUCCUAGGCUGGUUUGAUGAUUCUAUCUCCUUAACGCCAUUACCUGGAUUCACUGAUUCUGAUUUGCUCAACGAGUUUGACUGGUCUCAAACGUUGGAAUGGGAUCAUCAGACUCAAGCUCAAGAUCCAGGAUGUGAUUUUCUUCAUAGCUAUAGUCAAGAUCUUGAUGCAUAUAUAGGGUGUGAAGCAACUGAUCUUGAAGUGGUAACAGGAGUUCCAGUCAUUGAUUCAGAUCCUCCACCAGUGGUGGUUCAGCUACCAAACGAUCAGUCCAAGAAACGGAACCGUGAUGAGCUUACCGAUGCACAACUAGUGAAAAGAUCAGCAAGGAGCAAGAAAAAAGCAGACAAGUCUACUGAGGUGAGCCGCAAAGAUAGCAACAAGGCGGAGAGAUGGGCAGAACAACUUCUUAACCCUUGUGCCUUGGCAAUCACGGCAAGGAACUCAUCUAGGGUUCAACAUUACAUUUGUGUUCUCUCUGAACUUGCCUCUUCUUGUGGUGAUUCUAAUCAUAGGCUUGCAUCUUUUGGUCUUUGUGCUUUGAAAAAACACAUUUCAACUUCCUUUGUGCCAUCAUCCACUCUUACUUUUGCUUCAGCAGAAGUGAAGAUGUUUCAGAAGACUUUGCUCAAGUUCUAUGAAGUAAGCCCUUGGUUUGCUUUGCCCAACAACAUGGCAAACUCAGCCAUCCUACAGAUUCUAUCACAAGAGCCAAGAGAUAAAACAGAUCUUCACAUUCUUGAUAUUGGUGUUUCUCAUGGUAUGCAAUGGCCCACUUUGCUGGAAGCUCUCUGCUGCAGACCAGAAGGACCUCCUCUUCAAGUUAGAAUCACCGUUGUAUCCGAUCUAACCGCAGACAUACCUUUCUCUGUUGGUCCACCAUCUUACAACUAUGCCUCUCAGCUCAUUGGCUUUGCUAGGUCCCUCAACAUCAACCUCCAGAUAAGUGUAAUUGACAAGUCUCAACUCAUUGAUACCUCACCUCAUGAGACCUUCAUCGUCUGUGCUCAGUUUAGGCUGUACCAACUGAAGAAUAGCAUCACUGAUGAGAGAAGCGAGGCUUUGAAAGCACUUAGAAGUUUGAAUCCUAAAGGAGUUGUUCUUUGUGAAUACAAUGGAGAAGGCAGUAGCAGUGUGGACUUUGCAGCAGACUUCUCAAGGAAACUGGACUAUCUAUGGAAGUUUUUGGACUCAACAAGCUAUGGAUUCAAAGAAGAGAACAGCGAAGAGAGGAAUCUAAUGGAAGGAGAGGCAACAAAGGUGUUGAUGAGCUCAGGUGAUACUAAUGAAGGGAAAGAGAUAUGGUAUGAGAGGAUGAGAAAAGCUGGCUUCUCAGCAGAAGCAUUUGGGGAAGAUGCAAUAGAUGGAGCCAAAUCUUUACUCAGAAAGUAUGAUAACAAUUGGGAAAUAAAGAUGGAAGAUGAAGAUACCUUUGCUGGUUUACUAUGGAAAGGAGAAGAAGUUUCCUUUUGUUCCUUGUGGAAGUAGCUAAUCUGUCUUUUAAGUUUGUCUUAAUGUUUGCUGUGAGCUGUGAAAAUGUUAAAGCCUUCUGUAAACUGUUAUCUGCAAAAGUUAUUUGGUUGUGAUGUAUAUAAUGAAUCAUUUUCCAUCUA